AUUCAACAAGAAAGAGAAAAAAAAAAUCGAUUCGUUAUUUCGAUUCGAUAAUGGGCAAUAGUUUAAGGUGUUGUUUGGCUUGUGUACUUCCAUGUGGUGCACUUGAUUUAAUUAGAAUAGUGCAUUUAAAUGGCUACGUUGAAGAGAUCACACGAACCAUCACGGCGGGUGAAGUUUUGAAAAAUUAUCCUAAUCAUGUUUUAAGUAAACCAUGUUCACAAGGUGUAGUAAGGCGAAUCUUGAUUUUAUCAAAUAGUACCGAGCUUAAAAGAGGUAGUAUUUAUUUUUUGAUUCCUUCAUCCUCGGUGCCCGAAAACAAAAGGCAUCCACAACAAAAAAAUGUCACCAAAAAGCCCAAAAGAAUGACCAAAGUCUCGGUUUCCGACGUGCCCAAAGGCGAAAACGUUGUUGUCGAUGUAAACUCGUCCGAUAUCGUUGUUGUUUCGGAGAGAAAGAAGGUUGGUCAUAGGAGAGCUCGAAGGACGGUUCAAGCUAAUGAAUGGAAGCCUCAUCUUGAGAGCAUUUUUGAGGAGUGA